GCAUCUGAGUAAUCUUAAGUUAAACUCAUUUGAUUACUUCACGAAUUUCAAGUAAACUGGUUUACUCAGUCUAAGUCAAAGAAUCAUACAGCUCGAGAUAACGUGCACAGACCAAACUGAAACGACACAGACUAAUCGACCAUUAAUGGAGGACAGAUCAAACUUUUUAAGGCUGGAUAAUUCAACAACAAGAAGACAAUGACUGAACUUCAAGAAUAGAUAAAGAUUUGUCAAGCAAGGGCCACUAUGUAUUUGGAACAGUUUCUGGUUUUUUCCACGUUUUUCAUCUACCAUACGACAGGUUCUGCCCUUCACGGCGAAUGCUUCACGUCCGAAGACUGCGGCACCAUCGACACAUAUUGCAAGAAUAACACUUGCGCGUGCAAAGAAAACUUUGCUGUUUGGUACGACAGCUGCAUUCAGCUACCUACACCCGGUAUACGCUGCACCAAAAAGCAUGACUGCCAUGCUUCUCUAGGUGUAAGAAGUAUAUGCACGAAGAGGAUGGAGUGUGCUUGCAAACCUUUCCACCAUAUCCAUAUGGGCCAAUGCGUCAAAAAUCGAGAUUUAGAUGAUGCCUGUGAUCACGACCACCAGUGCUACUGUGGUGCAGGCUGUGAGAAUAGAAUUGCUUGCAUUGAAAAGCAAUGUUCGUGCAGAGAGGGGUACAAGCCAUAUGGUAGCAGACGAUGCGUCGAUGAUCCACUGUCCGUCAAGCACCACCACCAAGGUCACCAUCACGCCAGCGAAACAUCUGCCGUAUCACAUCAUCACCAUCAUCACAACGUCACCACAGAGCGAAGUUUUGACGAGCCACGUGUUGAAAACAUCGGCGCCAACAAACUUCAAGCUAUGUCGGCAUCUUCAACGUUGGCAACGAACUUGUCGAUAGUGAUCACUACUGCGCUAGUUUUACUUUUGAGAACGUAGCUAUUCUGGCAAAAGGAUGGCCAAAUUGGCAACACUGUCAGAGUUUGAAAAUGAUCGUUUGUGUCUUUUGAUCUUAAAUGUUUGUCUCUGUGAGACUCGUCAGCAACUGAAAGUAUCCGAGACGUACAACAAUAAUUAUUAUGUAACGGGAUUUUUUCACAAUUUGAGGUAUCAUUGCAGGUCAGCUUGUCACACUCAGCUGUCAAAUAUGCGGAAGCGACGAAAAACAUUUAAUGGCGAAUUUGGACUUUAAUGACACUUGACCUGUGAUGCCUCAAUAACUUUUUUCUUGAUGACUAAGUUUGUAGUGCAGUGAAUCUCAGUCUUCUCAUAUAGUGAAGUAUACACGUAAAUAAGCGAUUAAGUGAUUCCAAUUUGGAGUGACUCAGUUGAUCAAGGACAUUUUUUUUACCUCAAUUUUUUUUGUAAAUACUACCGCAUAAGCAUCCGUACUCUCAUUAUGGUAGAUCUAAGUUAGAUAUAGUUGAAUAAAAUGAUUAGUUUUUUCA